UUCUCCACCACUAUCAAAAGUUCUCCGAGCUGAUUUAACUGAUUUAAUUUCUGUUUUAUUUACCAUUGUGAUAAACGCGUGUGAAAAAACAAAGACUUUCCAAUUAACUGCGGGCACAUCCGAUGCCCGUGCGAAAGUGCGAGUAACGAAAAACGAGCGGAAAAACGAGUUUUGAUUUGAUUUUGUAUUUGAUUGUGAAAGCGCAGCAAGAUUUGUCAACGCAAACAAGCAAGAAGCAGAGCUCACGGAAUAGCGUAAUAUUUGUUAGUAAUAAUAGCAUCAAAAACAACAACAUCGCGGAAGCAGAAUCCGACUUAUCUCGCUGCCCGUUUCCGUCGGAGGGCUAAAAAUAAAACCACCCACGCUCCCCCGCCCACAAGCCACCAAAUCGCCAACCCCAACACCCCGCCCACAAGCCACCCACACCCACGCACAAAUUUGGAGAGGUGAACUUGUGUUGACUUUUCCAGCACGCGGACUUUUCCGGAGGAAAAUGCAAAAAUGAGAGUUCGAGCAACCAGCAGACAACUGGGAAUUUGCAAGCCGGAGGCGCCUUGAAUGAGAGUCCUUAGCCCGACAUGUCAGAUUUCGUGCCGCGCGACCUCCUCCCCGAACUGUGGGCGGAGAUACUCCGGUGCCACUGGAAUUUCCUCGAAACGGAGGAGAGCAUACAGAAGCUCGAGGAGCGCAAGAAGCUAGAGGGCUGCCUGAAGGAAUUCCUCUGCGUGGUGCAGCACGAUCGCAAGUUCUUCCUGCCGGAGACAGGGCAUGUCCUGCGGCGAUCCGUGCGCGAUCUGCCCGACUUUUCGGCCCAGAACGCCAUCGUGGCCUUCGAGAAGAUCAGCCAGUAUGCCAACAACCUGUUCACGAAACCCUGGCGCAAGGAAUAUCGCACACUCAAGACCUAUUCGGGUUGCUUCCAGCACGACAUCCAAUCCCGCCUGCUGGACGCCGAGCAGCUCUUCCUGGCCAUGGGCUAUCGCAGGCUCUCCGAGGACACCUUUGUCCUGGAGGGGCCCAUCUGUCCCGAUCAGGUGACGAAUGUUUCGCGCGACGCCAUGGCCGCCUAUGUGGAGUGCCAGAUCAUGAAGCACAUCUAUGCCGGGGUGACGGCAGCGGGCUACAGCUGCAGUUGGAAGGAUAUACUGCAGUAUCGCGAGCGCCUCGUCGCCGGCACCACGCGCACCAUCAAGGAGAUGGUCAGCCACCUGAGUGAGAAGCGGAUGCGCAAGGAGCAGCCGCCGGUGCAGGAGAACACGUACAGCAAUGUGGCGCCAUCCGGCUGUGUCCUGCAUGGCUCCAGCCUUGCCCACCAUCCCGGCAGCUCCGGCAGUUGUGCCCUGCAUCCGAAUGGCCUGAACGAGGUGGCCAAGUAUAUGCCGCCGUAUCCGGCGCCACCGCUGCAGCAGCCGUCGCCGCAUCUUCCCGGUCCGCUGAUGACGCACUCGCGCAGCUUGGAGCACUACCAGGAGCCGCAUGCCCAUCUGCCGCACCGCCACUCAUUCGACCAGCAGCUUCAGUUCCAGCAGCAGCAGCAGUGUCAACUGCCCCACCUCUACGAGGCGCCGUACGACUGCCUGGAUGGCCUGAGUCUGGGUAGCAGUGCCUCCUACGCGGCCGUUGCGGGGGCCUACAAUGCGCCGGGAAAUCGCUAUCCGCUGCCGUACAAUAUCUCCAGCCAGCUGAAUGCACCGUAUGCCUCGCCACCAGCCGACGUCUACGGCGGUGGGGAGCAGUCCCAUAUGUACGCCACGCUGGGGAAGACGGGACCAGCGCACAGUUGCGACUACCACCGGCGGCAGCCGAGCAGUUCGGCAGCUGCCGCCGCUUUGGCGGCCAUGCAGCAUCGCCAGAGCACGUAUCCGCCGGACCACCAUCUCAUCGACUUUGACGAACGGGCGCAACUCACCCAACACGACUUCGGCACGCACGACUACGAGCCGCAGUACGCCAGUCUGCGCGGGCAUCCGGCCGCCAUGUAUGCCACCUACGGAGGCUACGAUCUGCCCACCACGUUGCCCACCACGUUGCCGCCGCCGUCGACGGCCCAGGACAUGUACAUCUACGCGCGUCCGGUGCCCAAGAGCAGCCGCAUGCGGGCGUUGGCCGAGGCGGGUGGCAUCAAUCCGACUGACAAGCAUCCGCGAUCGGCGGACAAACAGAACACCAUGGACAAUAAUCGCAAGAUGCACAAGGAAUUGAAGGAGCGGGCUAGUCGAACGGCUCCGGCGAAGAGGUGCGGCAACGAACGUGAUAUACCCACCACCAUUUCCGACAUCAACAGCUACGACUCGGCCAGCCUGGAUGGCUUUGUGACCCUGGACAGCGCCUCGCCGCCCCUGAUGAUGCCCAAGGUGCAGGAGGGCGUGGGCAGCUUUGAGUCCUGGAACUAUGUGUUCAAGAACCUCGAACGCACCGGCUACACCAAGGACUUGGGCGAUCGCGAGGACCUGCUCGUGCAGAGCCUUGACCUGGACUCGCUGGCCAUAACGAAUGGGGCCGCAGUGGCUGCUCCGCCGGAAAAGCGACGCGAGGCGGCGAAACCAACGAACGGCGAGAAGGCACGCACGCUGGAGAAGAAGACGGGAACGACGACGCGACGCGAGGCCAAGACGGUGCUGGCUCCGGCGCCUAGUCCGCUGCCCAACAGCAGCAGUGCCGGCGUGAAGAAGGUCAAGUCCGCACUGAAGACGGCCGUGGUGGACGGCCAUCGGGGAACUGGAUCGCGGCAGCGGUCGGGAGCUGUGCCCAAGCAACCGCCGGCCGUGUCGCCGCAACUGAUUGUGACCAGCCCGAACGAGUGGAGCUGCAGCUUCUGCACGUUCCUCAAUCCGGACACCAAGCGCAUCUGCGAGAUGUGCUGCCGCAGCAAGGACUUCAAUCUGGAGGCCGCUACGGCGGCAUCCUCAUCGGCGGCGGCGGCGGCAGCUGCAGCGGCUGCAGCGGCGGCGGCGUCCAGCGUGUCGCAUGCAUCCUCGACCUGCGUUUAGGAGGAUCUCGAUCGCGAUCUCGAUCUCGAUCCCGAUCCGAUCCGAUCCGAUCCGAUCCUCGCCCCGUUAGUGAUACAAAACAGUGUAUAGCUUGAUAUAUAUAUUUUUAUACAACCAAUUGUGUAAGCCUGUGCGCGUGUCUCCAAGAUCUAGUCUCUAGUCUCGUGGUCGUCGUACGAUGGCAGGCAACCCUUUGUUAUCCGAAUGCAUGUAUGCAACAUAGAUCAAAGCGGAUCCUGCUGCAGAUGAGGGAUAUGUCUGCAGCCUGUACAUACGAAGUAUUCUAUUUAGUUACCCCUACAUGUAAACACACGCUUUAAUUAGUUUUAGAUUGUUUCCCCAUUGUUAAGGGCGCUUCUGUUUCAAAUUACGUGCCUCCCUGUGUAAGUCAUCUACAUAUAUAUACAUACAUAUAUAUAUAUAUAUAUAUACAACACAUAUAGACAUUUAUAUAUAUUUGUACGUGUGCAUGCGUCGCGCGAAAAGCGAGAGCGAGAGAAAGAGAGAGAGAGAGAGAGAGAGUGAAAUUUGAACUUGGAAAUUUUCUAGGAAAUCAACUGAUAAUUAUAUACCUUAUACUAAUAGUUGCAUUCACAAUACGUAUUUCCGACAGCAAAUCAGCAUCAGCAGAUCAGCAGAGUACAUAGAAGUUCUUGGCGAAUCCAAGCGUAUAUACCGAAACUUGCAUAGAUAAUACACCUAUAGCCGUAACAUAAGCGAUUUCAAUUCGAAAAAAGAUGAACCGAGCUAAGCAUAAAGCAAAACGCAAAACAAAACAUAAAUAAAUCGAACAGAACUGGUACGGGUUGUAAACUUAAAAUUUUUGAUUCAAAUUUUACCAGAAAGGAGUCAGUCGCAGGACUCACUCAGUGGAUGACCACUGUGCAUGGACAGCAGAAGAGUAAACCACAAUUUGUAAAGCGAACUUGUCAUACCAAACCACCCACCCACCCAAGCUACUUGUGCACUGUGUCCCAAAGCUAAUUUAUUUGUUAAAAUGUUACUAUUGAUUACCUGUUGAAUAGCAUCCCGGUAGCAUCGAAAAGCACUCGAGAUAUUUUUAUAAAGAAGCGAAACCACGUACCUACUGAUCUAUGUUAAAUAGUUUAUUACACAUAAUUAUUUUCGUACCUAUGUUAGCGUUUUGACUCCCACAUGCUUAUCUGCAUAUGUAUAUGCCAUUCUGGAAAGCAAAACGAAAAAGGAAAAGAUCUUAACCGAAAAAUAAUCGAAAUUAAACUUCAUUAAAGCCAUUUAGGCGCAACCUUCGCUCAAACCUUUUUACUACAUAACUUUGCAUACUAUUACCGAAUGAAUUUAGUGGCAGCUCUUCCUAAAAAAACCUUUAACGACAAAAAAAAAAACAAUAAAUACAAUUUUGACAAA